AUGGUCGACGAGGCCCAUGAACGAAGCAUCAGCACUGAUAUUCUGCUGGGUCUGCUAAAGAAGAUCAUCAAGCGGAGACCGGAUCUAAGGAUCAUCAUCAGCAGUGCCACUCUUCAAGCCGAAAAUUUUCUAAGCUUCUUCACCAGGACCAGCGAUGAUGCCGAAGUAAAUGAUCGCGCUCAAUCUCAGGGUACCAUCAUAAGCCUUGAAGGGCGCACCCAUCCUAUAGACAUCCUCUACCUCAGCAGCCCAGCUGAGGACUACGUCGAGAAGGCCAUCACCACCGUUUUCGACAUACAUUCCAAGGAACAGAAAGGCGAUAUAUUGGUAUUCCUGACUGGAAGAGAGGAGAUUGAAUUCGCUGUCAAUGCAGUUGCUGAGCGCUUGGCGCGGUCGGAUCCAGAAUCACAUUCAUUGCUGCCUUUACCUCUUUACGCAGGGCUGACGACGGAGCAACAGAUGUAUGUGUUUGAGCAGACACCAGAGAACAUGCGCAAGGUCAUUUUCUCCACAAAUAUAGCCGAGGCCUCGGUGACCAUAGAUGGCAUUGUCUAUGUGAUUGAUUCAGGCUUUGUCAAGCUCCGUGCGUACAGCCCCACGACUGGCAUCGAGACACUGACCUCAACAUCUGUGUCCAAAGCAGCGGCAGCACAGCGAGCUGGCAGAGCAGGACGGACAAGACCAGGGAAGUGCUUUCGUCUCUACACUGAAGAGGCAUUCACGAGCCUUCCAGAUGCAAAUGUGCCCGAGAUCCAAAGGUCAAACCUGGCCCCCUUCGUUCUACAGCUGAAGGCCCUCGGAGUCGACAAUGUGUUGCGAUUCGAUUAUAUGAGCCCUCCUCCCGCCGAGUUGAUGGUCAAAGCACUUGAGCUUUUGUACUCUCUUGGGGCCCUGGACGAGUAUGCUAAGCUGACGAAGCCUCUUGGGUCGCGAAUGGCCGAGCUGGCCGUUGAACUUAUGAUGGCGAAGACAUUGCUAGCUGCUCCAACUUUUGGAUGUCUCAGCGAGGUAUUGACUAUCGCGGCUAUGACGAGCCUUGGAGGCAGCGUCUGGGUCCAACAAGAUGAUGAGAAAAGGCAGUUCGAGACUGCAAGGCGCAAAUUUGCUGCAGAGGAGGGCGACCACCUGACGCUGUUGAAUGUCUAUCAGAGUUUCGUGGGCAAGGGUAGGAAGGAGAGCAGGUUCUGUUACGACAACUACCUAAACUUCAAGGCAUUGAGCCGUGCAGUGAGUAUCAGAGCUCAACUGAAACGGUAUCUCGAGAGAUUUGGGAUCGACACCGAAGAGUCCCUUGCUGGCAACAAUGCUCAUGGCAUGGAUUCGGUAAAGAAGGCCGAACAGAUCCGACGCUGCCUCACUGUAGGCUAUUUUCCCCAGGCAGCGAGAAUGCAGGCAGACGGGACAUACCUCACGGUUGAUGGAGGUACCAUCUUGCACGCCCACCCCAGCAGCCUCAUGUUCAACCGCAAGGCUGACUGGGUCAUCUUCCACGAGAUCAUGGAGACCAGCACAAAGACCUACAUUCGUGAGAUCAGCAAAAUCGAUAAAAACUGGCUACUCGAAUAUGCACCCGACUUCUACCAGGUCAGGUCAUAA